GGAGGCUGACGGGGCAGCGGCACCCGCGAGCCGGCACCGGGCGGGGCCAUCGCAGCCGCGCGCAACGAGGCCGAGCGGGAGCCCAGACCGCGCGGGACCAGGUACCUUGUGCUCUGCUGAGUCUGGAGUGCCCAGGGUUCCCUUUCUCAGCUGGAGUGGUCCUAGUAUAGAGACCUCUUUCUUCUACCUAAGAGAAGAGGCAGAGGCACCUGAAUCUUCAUAAGCACCACGGGACCCCAAGACCUGGCUGGAAGAUACCUCCUGUCCUCGCCUCUGCCCUCCUCACAGACUGUUCUGCGAUGACCACAGCGAGGUACCGGCCCACCUGGGACCUGGCCCUUGACCCGCUGGUGUCCUGCAAGCUGUGCCUCGGGGAGUACCCAGCGGAGCAGAUGACAACCAUCUCCCAGUGCCAGUGUAUCUUCUGUACCCUGUGCCUGAAACAGUAUGUUGAGCUCUUAAUCAAAGAAGGCCUAGAAACUGCGAUUAGCUGCCCGGAUGCUGCAUGCCCCAAACAGGGCCACCUUCAGGAGAAUGAGAUUGAGUGUAUGGUUGCAGCUGAAAUUAUGCAAAGAUACAAAAAGCUACAAUUUGAAAGAGAGGUGCUUUUUGACCCUUGCCGGACAUGGUGCCCAGCAUCCACCUGCCAAGCCGUGUGCCAACUCCAGGACGUAGGGAUGCAGACCCCCCAGCUGGUGCAAUGCAAAGCCUGCGACAUGGAAUUCUGCUCCGCGUGCAAAGCCCGCUGGCACCCUGACCAAGGCUGCCCCGAGACCAUGCCAAUCACCUUCCUUCCUGGGGAGACCAGUUCUGCUUUCAAGAUGGAGGAGGGCGACGCCCCCAUCAAGCGCUGCCCCAAGUGCAGGGUGUACAUCGAGCGGGAUGAGGGCUGUGCACAGAUGAUGUGUAAAAACUGCAAGCACGCCUUCUGCUGGUACUGCCUGGAGUCUCUGGACGAUGACUUCCUCCUGAUACAUUAUGACAAGGGGCCUUGUCGCAACAAGUUGGGCCACUCCCGGGCAUCAGUGAUCUGGCAUCGGACACAGGUGGUGGGAAUCUUUGCUGGAUUUGGGCUCCUGCUCUUAGUGGCGUCCCCUUUCUUGCUCCUGGCCACACCCUUUGUCCUUUGCUGCAAAUACUGGAAAUGUUCCAUGGGAGCUUACGAGACCCACUCAGACAAGGGGAUACCUUGGCUUCAAGAUGGCACCACGUUGUCAGGAGAAGUCUUCGAGAAUUAGGACUCUCUUCAGCCAGCACCUGAUUAUCUGACUUGAGAAAAAUCUCUGUUUGUGACAACUGUUUUUACUCCUAAAGGCAUUUAGUAAAAUCCUUUUUAGAAGGCUUUUUUUUCCCCUUUCUGUCAACUGAAAAUAGUGAAAAUCAACAAGGUGCGUAUAAACCAUCCUAUGCCUUUUUCGAAAUGUGCAUUUUAUGAAGUUGUAGACAAAUGACUUUUCUGGCCUGAUCGCUUUUUUUCCCAGGAGCUACAGAAAGCCUUAUGCACACUUUGUGUUCUUCUUGGAACCUGCUGUAAUUACUGUUAGAAUGUCGUGAGCUGUGUACUGUUACCCACAUGGGACCCCUGUUGCAUUUCUUUGAAGAUAUGGACACAUGUAAAGGGUCACCUCGGGCUUUAGAUCACUCCCCUCUCCCUGCUUCUCCAGUUCAGCUCACAGAGCCCAUUCCUUCUGUCCCCCUUCUCCCAGGCGGUGGCAAAUGCCUUUGAGUAUCUUCAAACCACAUGCUACACUCUGAGAUAGUUUUACUCCAAAUGACUCUGCUUUGACUCCUUGACCCACCUUUCAGGUAGGCGGAGAGGAGAGUUCGAGUCAUCCAUCCCUGGGGAACUCUUGGAAGUUGGGUGUUAACUCUCUGAAAUCUUUGCAUUGUUCGAAUGCUUUAGGUAAUUUGAAAAAUCAUGUGGCUCGCAGGACACAGCCCCAACCCUGUAGUUAACCGGUUUGUUCUUGCUAGGGGAAAAAAAACAAAAAGAGAAAGAAUGAAAGGAAGGGUGGGAGGGAGGGACCCUGUUUCACUCAAUUAUGCUGCUGUGGGGGAGUUUGUGAAUCGGUCUUUUCCGGGGGCUGUGUGUUUCCAUGUCAACAAAGCACAAGAUAAUAAGACACAUGUACUCCACCAAUCGACUCUGAAAAUGGGAGAGAGUGAUUUCCUUUAGAAUUGACUUUCCAGCCCAACGAGCUUCCCAGGGGUAGGGUGGAGGUGUAGAGGUUUGCAGGGAGGGAGGUGGUCUGAAGGCUUCCUUAAGCAUCCUACACAGGAGUAAAGGAAACCCAGAGUCCUCAGCCAUUGUCUUUGUGUGACUCUGCUAGUAGACACUGCCUGCCCAGAAAUGACUCCAUUUUCUUCAUUUUCAGUUGACAGUGAACGAGGUAAGACAACCUCUGGCCUCUCACCAUUUGGUAUUGAUUUUCUUUAUUAAGCUAAAGCCGUUUAGAAACUCAGUCCAUACCGAAACCAUACUCAGAAAGUCCGGGGCCGGGGGCACGUUGAGAUUUAAAGUUCACUUGUCAGUGUGACCUCUGAGACCUUCGUUCGAGGUGAAGCCUGACCUUGAGCCUCUGUGGUUGGAAACAUGGGGAAACCAUGGCUUUCCUGGAAAGGAAUAACAACUUUAUGGGAGUCACUGGAUGAAUUUGAGGCCCCCCCAAGCCCACAAUUUGUAUGUGAAACCAUUUGGCCACCACCCUUUAAAAUGCCCGUCAGAAGUGGCAGUCAGCCUGGGCAGACUUUCCACCACCAUGGUCCCUCCUGCUUGCCUUGAUCAGUUCCAUUGCUCAGUGGCAUUCGUCCUUGUCCUUAGGGUGGGAGUGACAGCCUUCUGGGAGGCUGUGUUCCCAGGCUGCAGCACAGGCUGCCUUAUCGAAGCUGGAGACUUUUGAAGGUUCACACACCUCUGUAAACCUCACCUGUUAUUCACACCUCAGCCUACAGGGAUUGACCUUCCCAAGCACACGACCAACCGGACACAGGCAGGGACCGCAUCGAUGCUGGGGCCAGCCAGGUGUGGCCAGAGAAUCCGUGUCUGCCCCGAGCCUUCGUGUCAAGCACACUUACUUACUCAGUUGGAUUUAGUAAUAAAAACUAGCUUGUCCCUUCCCUCUAUAGAAGCACCAGCAAGAUCACACCGGAAUAUGUAAACUUGCAUUGUUCCCCGUGGGAGUCCUUUUAGUAGAGACCACCACACCCCUUUAUUAUGGGCGUCCAGCUUGAACCGUGUGUGGAAUAGUGUAGAUGACCCCCAGAUGCAGCUGGUCUUGCUGUCAGUCCCGGGGAGCCUGAAGUGCUCUGUGGUCAGUAGUAGCACCGUUUCUAUUGCUCAGUGUGGUUUGUCGGAACUGAAAAUCAAGUUCCCUGAGACAGGCCGUGUUCCCAAUGGAAGGUGGUUCAGUCCUGGGCUUUUGGAAAAGACUCUCAGUGACAGGCUGUGGGGCUGUCUAGUAAGGUUCACUGAGGGCCUGAUGUCCUGUGGGUUAUCUGAGGCCCAUUGUGUGGCUGACCACACCACAGUCUUGCUGAGUGUGCUUAUCCUGGGGCUUCAUAUGCUCACCAGGGUGACACCUUCAGAGGUAAAAUCACCAUAGGUGUUCGUGGAGGACAGGGAGCCAGCUCCAUGUGGGGUCAGAGAGUUGAUCCCAUGAGUUAUGGCCCACCUCACCACCUGGGUACCUGUCUUGAGGAGAACAAAUCUUCUCUACAGCCUAUUGUCCCAUAAAACAGGUGUGAGACCCUGGCCAGGUUCCCCAUUAAACACAACCCCCUCCCCCCCACAGGAGGAAGGAUCAUCAGCCUUGAUCAUUUGACUUCUAGAUGAACUUAUCUUUUCCAUUGGAGUUAGAAAAGGGAAAGAUUACUUUACGAAUUAGAAGUGUUUCCCUUGGCCGCCUUUAAAAAUUAGGGGAUUGGAGAGAAUGAGGGAGGGCUUACCUUUUAUGCUUUCCAGAUUCCCACAGAUUAAUAAACAUACCUGUGAAUAUGUAUAUGUAAAUCACAAUGAAAUCAACAAGGGAAACCAUUUUGCAUGUGUACAAUUUCAUGAAGGUUUCCUUAAAAAACGAAAAAACAAAAAACCAAAGCUUGUUUCUCCCUUACAAUGAACCUAAACCUUAUGAAGUUCAAUGAGGUAAAGAGAUUGUGACUGGCUGUUGCCAAAAAACUCACCCAGGAGGGAAGGGCUUAUGUUUAGACAUUUGCUGAUGCCCCGUGACAUUUGCUGGAGACCCCAUGGUCUCCAGCCCUCCUGGCUUGUAUAAUCCUGUCUUCCAAGAUCCCAGGGCCCUCUAAUUAGGUGUAGCUGUGUGCCAUGUGCCUGACUUUUUUUUUAUACUUUGCUUACUUUGACUUGGGUGUAUUUUAAUCUUGUAUAAAAAACAUGCAUGUGUCAGUCAUACGCACGUGCACACGUAUACAUUCUGUAUUUGACGAGUGGUGGUAAGACCAAACAAACAAAGCAAAAACAAAACAAAAAAAAAGAGAAAAUGCGUUUGUGGUUUUGAAACGUGAGUACACUUUGUACCACUAACACUGUGAUGUAUAAGAGCUGUGUGAAUGCCUUUUCAUGUUGUGAUUUGUACUUUAGAGUCCUAUGGAAACGUUUGGUUUAUAAUUUCAAUACAUAUUUUAAAUGUACUGUGUCUUACGUAGUCUGUCUCCCCUUUCGAAGGGAUUCCUUUUUAAAGAUAUUUUGGCUGGAAUACAGGUGAAUUUUUGUAAA